CAUAUACAUGUCAUUUAGAUUAACAAAGAAAUUUUACGAGAACUUCUGAAUUAUGUAGACAUUAGUUUGUCAUUCUAAAAAAUGCUUCUCUAAUUUUCCAAAACAAAAAUAGCUUUGAUAUACAAUUUAUGCAAAUAAAUUUUAGAAUUUUCAUACAGUAAUGGUCAAACAAACUAUACAAAUAUUUUGUCGAAUAAAACCCACUAAACAAUCUCCAGGGCUUUAUGAAGUAAAAAGUACUGAUACCUUGAAGAAUGAGAUUUUCUUUUAUUUACCUCAUGGUGUUUCUGAUGGUUACAUUAAUAACAAAAAAGAAAAUUAUAUUUUUUUAUUUGAUCAAGUCUUCGAUCAAAAAUCUGUUCAAGAUGAAGUUUUUCUUGGUGUUGCUUUUCCUGUUAUUAAGAAUGUGCUUUGUGGAUAUAAUGGCACUAUAUUUGCAUAUGGACAGACUGGUUCAGGAAAAACUUUUACUAUAACUGGAGGAGCUGAGCGAUAUGUGGACAGAGGAAUCAUUCCGAGAACUUUAUCCUAUAUUUUUAAACACCAGCUUGAAACGCCUUCUCUAACAUAUACAACUCAUGUGUCAUACUUAGAGAUUUAUAAUGAAACUGGUUAUGACUUACUUCAUCCAAAUCAUGAUGGAACUAAGCUAGAGGAUUUACCGAAAGUCUCAUUAUUAGAAGACAAUGAUGGAAAUAUUCAUUUAAAGAACUUAUCAGUCAAUCAGGCGUUUAAUGAAGAAGAAGCAUUGAAUCUUUUGUUUCUUGGUGACACAAACAGAAUGAUUGCUGAGACACCUAUGAAUCAAGCUUCUACUCGUUCACAUUGUAUUUUUUCAAUACAUCUCACAAUAAAAGAGCAAAAUUCACCCACUAUUCGCAAGUCAAAACUUCAUCUUGUAGAUUUAGCAGGAUCUGAGCGCGUGAGUAAAACAGGUGUUUGUGGUACUUUGUUAAAAGAAGCUAAAUAUAUCAAUCUCUCACUUCAUUAUUUAGAACAGGUUAUAAUUGCACUAUCAGAUAAAUCAAGAAAUCAUAUUCCUUAUCGAAACUCAAUGAUGACAGCUGUUUUGAGAGAUAGUUUAGGUGGCAACUGUAUGACAAGUAUGAUUGCAACAAUUUCUAUUGACAAAAAUAAUAUUGAUGAAUCUAUAUCAACCUGCAGAUUUGCCCAACGUGUUGCUUUAAUUAAAAACAAUGCGUUUUUAAAUGAGGAACUGGAUCCAAAAUUGCUAAUAAUGAAGUUAAAACAGGAAAUACUUGAUUUGAAAAAUGAACUUUAUUUACUCACUGGAGCAGAUUAUAAUAGUAAUCUUACUGAAGAGGAGAAAUUGAAGCUACAGCAGUUGAUUACAGAUUACUUAAACAACACAGAUAAGGAUUCUUAUCUUUCAGUUGGUGCUGAUAUGAGAAAAAUCAACUUUUCUUUUAUGCAUUUAAAGAACAAGUAUUUAGAAAGUUUUAAACAGAGCAGAAGCAAUUGUAUUUGCGAAGAUAUUAAGAGGAGUUCUCAUUCUUCAGAUAGAACUUAUUUAGAAAAAACAGAUGAGGUGAACAAGUUAAAAGAAUUAAUCUUACAAAGAGAUAAUGAAAUCAAUAUUUUAGUAGCUAUGCUUAAGAAGGAAAAAUUACGAUCUGAGUUAUAUGAAGAGAAACCUCUUAAAGAGUCUUUAAAAACUAUAGCAACCAAUCAAGUUCAAUUUUCAAGUUCAUUUUAUGAAGAGGGUACAAAGGAGAAAAAUAUUAUAGCAGUAAAUCAUGUAAAAAAAUUAUCAAUAGACAAGCAAGAAGAAUUUGAAAGGUUCCAAAAAACCUAUUUUGAUAAUCCUGCUAUUGAAGAAAAAAAGAAAGGUUUGAAAAUAAGAUAUUCAGAUGCAAAGAAGUUAGGAGAACAAGUGAAUAAGUCAAGAAUAAAUAUAAAUUUGUUGAAGUCAAAAAUCGAGAGAAAAAAAGAUCCAAUUCAAAAUGGUCAAGAAAUACAUCAGAACAAAAGUUUCGAAUCUGAUGACCAAAAUUUGCGAGAAGCAUUGGAGAAAGAAAAGAUUUUAUACAAGAGGUCAUUUAAUGGGUUAAAAGCUCUUAAAAAUGAAAUUGAACAUAUGCAACAUUUGCUUGAAACCUCAAAAGUUAAACUGCAUCAAGAUUUUGAACUCUGGUGGACUCAACAAACUAGUGAAUAUCAAAAUGAAAUAAAAAAUACAAAUAAUGAGUUGUCUUCUUUUAUUGAAACUGCAAGCUCUCAAAAAAAUAAAUCCCAUAGUUUGUCUUUAAACUCUGAGAUGCAAAUCGGCUUGAAAAAGAGUGAUUUAAGUAAUGAAAAUGAUGGUAAACAGAUUAAAGCUGAUAACACAAAAGUUUCCUCAACGAUUCAACUAACUGGAGACAUACAAACAGACAAAGACAUUUUACAAUUUAUGCAAGCUCGUCAAGAUUGUCUGCAAAGAGAAAUGAGAUCAGGAAAAAGUUGUCAACCUCAGACAGGUAGCAAGAAGAUGACAAAUUAAAAGAUUUUGUAUGGCUUUUAGCAAGAGGAUGGCAGUUUAAAAUGGAUGACAGUUUAAGAUUUGUAUAAUUUUUAGCAAGAGGAUGUCAAUUUAAAAUGGAUGACAGUUUAAAACUAGUAUGGUUUUUGGCAAGAAGAUGAUAAGAUAAAAUGAAAAAUUUUAAAUAAUAUUUUUUUAUUUGAAGACUUUUCAUUUAUCAGCAUACUGUUCUAUUGAAUUCUAAAAUAAUGUUCAAUUUUGUUAAAUUUUAAUUUAAAUGUAUUUAAAUGUAUUUAUGUAACUUUAAACUCUGUUGCCAGUUUAUGUCACAUUUUUUUGUAAAUAUUAAAGUAAAGUAUUGAAGAAUAUGUUUUUGGGUAACAUAUCCAAGUUGCAUUCCUUAUAAAAAAUUGAAAAAUUUUCUUGGGCCCCAAGAAAAGAAAAAAAGUGCUCCAGGAUGGGGUAAAGGCUUUUUUUCAGACAGUUCAAGAAUCAAAAACUGUAACUGUUGAAAAAAAACUUUCAGUAAAGAGUAAAUUAUUUGUGAUUAUUUUUUAUUUGUAAAAUAAAAAGAAAGUAAUAUUCCUAAGAUGUGUUUUUGUUCAAAAAAACACAUAAAUCACAAUAAGUUUCAUGAGCCCUUCAUACCCUUCAUGAGCCCUUCAUACCCUUCAUGAUCCCUUCAUACCCUUCAUGAGCCCUUCAUACCCUUCACGAGCCCUUCAUACCCUUCAUAAGCCAAUUUCUGCAAUACUACAAUGAUGAGAUGCUCAAUUAGGAAGAUUUCAUGUGAUUUCUGAUAUUUUUUAAUGGAAGGAUCUCAAUAUGUCAGCUUACCUCUACUGCCAACUAGCCUUGGUCUCUUUGUUGAUUUACUUGAAUAAAGUAAUAUUAAGUUGAUAUCAUUUAAGUAUAUAAUACAAAAGUUCUUUUAUGUGUGUACUUUUAUUAUUUUUUAAAACGUUUAAAUCAAACAAUUUUUCAUUUAUAAUUUUUUUAAAUUUAAACAUUAUUUUAUUAUUUUUAUUUAAUCUUUAAUUUUUAAUAGACACUCCUCAAAUUUUAAUAAAACAUCUUAAUAACUUUUUGCACCAUGGUUUCUAAGGGUACCUGGCGAUUUCUUAGAUAUGGAGUCCCCAUGUUACUUUUUGUGUUUGCUGGAUCAUAUGGAUUAAGUGAGUUUACUGACAUUCGAGUAAAAAAAAAGGAGCAAAAAACACGUAUGCUGAAAAAUGAAGAAUUGUUGCCUUAUUUACAAAAGAAACAAGAAACUUUAGAAUCCAUGCAUGAGUCUCUUUCAAGUAAAAUUGGAGAGUGGAACGGAGAUCAAAUACGCGGUCCAAGACCAUGGGAACCAGAAACAAUGAAAUUAAAAUCUGCUAAAUAGUUUUUAAAAGAGGUUGUUAAAAACAAAGUAUUUUAUAUAUAUUGAGCUGAUGGUUUUUUGGAGAUACAACAAUGUGUUUUUGAAGAUACAA